ACCGAACGUACAAAAAUGUCCACCGGCCGCCGUUUGGCCAAGCGCUCCAUCAUCGGCACCAAGGUGUGUGCCAAGGGUCCGGAUGGCCUCUGGUACUCCGGCACCAUCUCGGACGUGAAAACGCCGCCCUCGUACAUGGGACCGCUCUCCCCUCCGCCGCCGCCCACUUUCCUUGCGCCGGGCGAGGCCCAGUUGAACGCCGACACGCGCUACAUGGUCCGCUUCGAUUUCAAGACCGCCGUCGAGUCGCCAGUCGCGUCCACGUCCUCGCCAUCGUCAUCGUCCUCUUCCUCGUCCAUUUCCUCCACGGAUCCGUCGGUUAUUGUGGAGGCGCGUCGCGUAGCCAGCGUGCAUAUCAGUCCCGCCCAGGCACUCCGCCGCAGCGCCAUGAUCAAGGAGUUCCGCGAGUCGGACCUGAUUGGACCCGGCUUCCGCUCCAUCAUGGACACCGAGCUGCAGCCCGGCCAGCGGGUCUACUUCACCUACAACGGACGCGAGCAGAGCGGCGACGUUGUGGAGCACGACGCCACCAAGGACGAGGUGACUGUCAAGAUCACAACAGUUGGAAAUGAGGAACCAAUUGAGCUGAAGAAGCGCCUGGAGGAAGUGCGUCUGCUGGAAUCGCGACGCUCCGCCCGCCUGGCAGAUCAGGAUCGCGACACGGACUUCGCCAGACUCGCCGACAUGAGUGGCGAACGCCGCAGAACCACCACACACAGUAUUGAGGUGCCAUCGCAGCUCACGGCGCAGCACAAUGCACGGAAACGUCCGGCCAGCGAUCACCAGGACUAUAGCAGCGAUCCGAACAAGGACGAGGAGACAUGCCGUGCCGCUGAGAUUCUGUCAUCGAUGAAGCUGCAGAGCCCGCAUGGCGCCAUGGCCGACAAGUGCUCGAGUCCCGGCAGCAGCUCGUCGGCCUCCUGGAGCUCCGGUUCCGCCUCACCGCCCCUGAGCGACGACGGCCACGCCCACCACAGCCCACACAUCAUAAUGUCGCCACACGAUGCGGCCAACGCACGCAUACGCACAACAUCCGUGUCCACGUCGGACGAGGGCAUUGUCAUCGACUUCAAGGAGGAGCGCAAGAAAAAGGUGAGUGCCAUGAAGUCUAUUAGCCCGCAUAUUGGGUCGACCACCAUCCAAACUUCCAAAAAGUUCCGCUGCGUUUAUCCGGGCUGUCAUAAUGUGGAGCACGAACAGAACAAAAUCGUUCGUCACAUUAGGAAAACACAUUUGGGGAAGAAGAAUCGUCGCUCCGCGGACGAUGACUGCGAGAACGAGGAGGAGUUCUACUACACGGAUGUCGACGACGACGACGAGCAGGUGAAGCCCAGUUUGGCCUCCGAGCCGACGCUGAGUCACCGGGACAUGGCGCGUCCGCCGCACGAGGAUCCCGAGUACCAGAAGCAGAUUGUGGGCAACUUCAAGCAAGGACGCGCCGGGAGCCACUACAACCACCUAGCGCAGCCGCACGGCCGCACCAUCAGUGGCAGCAACAUCCCGAGCACCCACCAGCAGCAGCUGCAGAACAACAACACCAGCUGCAUCCCCACUUCGCACCUGGCCCACCACAACUACACCUGGCCGGCGGCGGCGGCAGUGGGCAGCAACUCCUCCGCGGGGACGGGGCUGGCUGCAGCCAGUUCCUCCGCCUCGCCGCUGGGCAAGCAUGCUCGCUCGUCGUCCACCCGUCCGUCCCACUCGGUAGCGCCAUAUCCAUCGCCGAUGUACGUCCAGCAGCAGCAGCACCACAGCAACAGCAACGUCAGCAACCACCAUAACAACCAUCACACGCACCACCACAACUACGCCGGCAGCAGUGGCAACAGCAGCAGCAACAGCAGCAGCAGCAGUCCGGUAAUCCACAGCAAUAGCAGUGCCAACAACAUGUUGCAGCAGCUGUCGCAGCAAAAUGUCACUGUCACGGCGCACCACAGCCAACAGCAACAGCAGCAGCAAUUGCAGCAGCAGCACCACCACCACCAACAGCACCACCAGCAGCAGCAGCAGCACCUGCUGUCCAGUGUGACGAUCACGCCCAACUUUCAUCCGGCGCAACAGCAACAACAUCAGCAACAACAGCAACACCACCAACCGAUGCGCGGCCAACAGCAGCAGCAUCAGCAACAUCCACAGACAACUGCCGGCAACCUGGUUGCCCACAACAACAACAACAAUAACAGCAACGGGAGCAAUCCGAUGCAACAGCAACACAUGGCGCCACAGGCGGCCGUCAAGCAAACGCCGCAUUCUCCCGGAAAGAGGACGCGUGGCGAGAACAAGAAGUGCCGCAAGGUGUACGGCAUGGAGAAGCGCGACCAGUGGUGCACCCAGUGCCGGUGGAAGAAGGCGUGCAGCCGCUUCGGCGACUGAAAGCGACAGAAGUCGUCGACGGAGGCGGCAAACCAGGCGUCGGCGCACCAGUCGAAGGCGGCAGCAGCAGCAGCAACAUCAGCAACACCCAAUCCAGCAGCAACAACUCCCAGCCCAGCAGCAACAUCGGCCUCCAAGAUGACCACCACAGUGGUGCGAUUGGCGGCCGAGGUGGCUGCCGGCAAGCAGUUGCCCUCCUCGCUGACCAUCAAAACCAACAAGCGGUACGGUGGACAGGUGCAGCAGCAGCAGCAGCAACCGCAUCCCUAUGCAGUGACCGCCAACAGCAACACGAUCAGCAACAGGCCGGUGCGCAUACGCAGUGUGGCCACCUCGGUGAUUGUGGCGCCGAUUACCUGCACGGCCACUACGACGACCACGCCCACCCAAACGGAGGAGGAAGCUGGGGAGGAAAUGGAGGAGGAAGAGGAGCAGGAUGAGGAGGUGCAGCAGGAGGCUCUCGAGGAUCAGGAGGAGGCGCAGGUGGCUGCGGCCAACGGUUUGCUGGCCUGGAGCCGAGCAGCCGCCAGUCAGCAGCAGGCGCAGGCCGUCCUUAUGCAGGGUUAAGCCCGCCGAACCACAGGAACCACCGCCCCCUGACCUCUGACCCCUGAUCACUGACCACUGACCUCUGACCCCCAGUGGAAUGGCUGCCCGUGUCAGCUGUUGCCCCGACGACAAAACGCAAAAAUGCAAAUGCAAAUGAAAAAUGGUCUCUUCUUAUUUACUCUGCAUUGAAUUGUGCACCUUAAACACGUAACGGUAUCUCUUUUGUUGUUGUGCAGGUGUUUGCCAACUGCCGUGCAAAUGUUGCUGACAUUUGCGCCCGGGCAACAUUUGCAAUCUACAAUAAUCUAAUUAUUAUUAUUAUUAUUAUUACUAUUAUUACAGUGCGUAAAUAUACAUAUACAUAUUUAUUUCUAAAAUGACUUUGUUAAUUCUUAUGUUAGAAAGCAAACAGCAGUUGGCAGAUUUUUAUAUAUACAAAACAAAAAAACAAACAAACAAACCGAUAAAAUAUAGAUGCCAGCUGUUUUACAUAAAACAUAACAAAAAAAUGCAAAAGAAAAAACAGCAAAAAACAAUUCAAACAUAAACAACAACAACAACAAACAAACAAAUGAAAACAAACAAUAUUUAAAGCAAAUAUACAUUUGAUUUUUUUUAGUUAGUAAGAACUCUAGUAAAUUUUUUUCUAGUAUUAAGUGCAAUUUCUGUUCUACUUCUCGCUCUAAACAAAGAAAACAAAACGAAAUACAAUGAAAGGAAACGAAGCAAACCAACUCAAACUAAACAAAUCAAAAUGAAACUAUAAAGCAGAAUAUUCAAAACGAAAACCUAAAGAUAUGCAUAUUAAAUAUUCAAAGCGUUGCAUCUACACAUUAAAUAGGCGUAAACAAAAAAUAGUUAAAUUACUUGCAUAAUCAUGUGUAACUCAAAUCCAAGAACCGUUUAAACAAUUUGUAAGUGUGUGUUAAGCGCUAAGAGUUAAGUAUUAAUCGACUUCAUGCAUACGAGCGGCAAUAGAUGGACACACAGCUAAAUAAUCUAGUUAAUUAAGCACCCAGACACCACCCACAACCACGACCACACCCACACCUACAGCCACCCACCACAAAGACCCCAGACCCAAGACUCUCAAAGAUCUAUAGAACAAUUACCCCGAACCCGAACCCGAACCUGAACCCAAACCUGAACCCAAGACCACGCUAAUGUAACAUAUAGACGUACGAGCAACUUAAACUUAAAUGUAGUGAAUUUUAAAAACAAACAAACCAAGCAAGCAAACAAACAACAAACAAACAAACA